AGCAGUGGCAACGGCAGCAGGAGGACCGGCCGCCCCAUAGACCCCCCCGCGCACCACCCCCGCCGCUUCCUCUGCUUGGGUGCUCCUCCGGCCUGACUUCCCCUUUCUCCUAUCUUUCCCAGCACCGCGGGAAAAGCAGCACAGGGCAGAGCAGGCAAGGGAGGGCGGCCGGAGCCCGGACACGGGAGCCUCUCAGUCAGUUCAAGACCCGACAUGAGGGAAAAGGGACGUAGGAAGAAGGGCAGGACCUGGGCGGAGGCCGCCAAGACGGUCUUAGAAAAAUACCCCAAUACACCCAUGAGUCAUAAAGAAAUUCUUCAAGUUAUCCAGAGAGAAGGACUAAAAGAAAUCAGAAGUGGAACCUCCCCUCUUGCAUGCCUGAAUGCAAUGCUGCACACAAACUCCAGAGGUGAAGAAGGCAUCUUCUAUAAGGUUCCAGGUAGAAUGGGAGUAUAUACUUUGAAGAAAGAUGUGCCGGAUGGGGUGAAAGAGCUAUCAGAAGGUUCAGAAGAAAGCAGUGAUGGUCAGUCAGAUUCCCAGAGUUCUGAGAACAGCAGCAGCAGCAGUGAUGGUGGCAGCAACAAGGAGGGAAAAAAGAGCAGGUGGAAAAGGAAAGUGUCAUCUAGACUGUCACAGCCAUCCUCUCCCCAGUCAGGCUGCCCAUCACCCACCAUUCCAGCAGGUAAAGUCAUUUCUCCAUCACAGAAGCACAGCAAGAAAGCACUAAAGCAGGCUCUAAAGCAGCAACAGCAGAAGAAGCAGCAGCAGCAAUGCAGGCCAAGCAUGUCCAUCUCCUCCAACCAACAUCUUUCUCUGAAGACUAUCAAAGCCACUAGUGACUCUGUACCUGCCAAACCUGCAAUAUGGGAAGGAAAGCAAUCUGAUGGACAGUCAAGCAGCAGUCCCCAGAACUCGAACUCCAGCUUUUCAUCGUCCGUUAAAGUGGAAAGUCCUUUGCUAGGCUUGGGGAAGAAAUCAUUUCAGAGGUCUGACAGACUGCACACAAGGCAAAUGAAAAGGACUAAAUGUGCUGACAUUGAUGUUGAAACACCAGACUCCAUUCUGGUUAAUACAAAUCUUCGAGCGCUGAUUAACAAACACACCUUUUCAGUCCUUCCUGGAGAUUGCCAACAACGACUACUUUUACUAUUCCCAGAGGUGGAUCGACAGGUUGGUCCAGAUGGUUUGAUGAAGUUAAAUGGCUCAGCUCUUAACAAUGAGUUCUUCACUUCAGCGGCCCAAGGCUGGAAGGAAAGACUCUCGGAAGGUGAGUUUACACCUGAGAUGCAGGUGAGAAUUCGACAAGAGAUUGAGAAGGAGAAAAAAGUGGAGCCAUGGAAAGAACAAUUCUUUGAAAGCUACUAUGGUCAGAGUUCUGGCCUAAGCCUUGAAGAUUCAAAGAAAUUGACAUCAUCGCCCAACGAUCCCAAAGUAAAGAAAUCUCCAGCUGAGCAACCAAAAUCCAUGCUUCCUUCAGAGGCCUCUCCUGUCACUAUAGUCCCAGUAGUCUCCCAGUCAGAGUGUAAAGAGGCAGCAUUGCAAUUGCCAUCACCAGGCAGUAAAGAAGAGCACGAAAGCCAAGAUAAGGUGCAGCUAAACUUCUCCAAGUCCACAGAGCUCCCACUUCCCACAGGCAGCAAUACCCAUGAGCUUAGCAGCGUUCUUCCCGUCAAGUGCCGAAAAGAUGAGGGUCUGUUGGAGCAGAAGCCAGUUGCCUCUGCUGAACAGGAAUCUGAGAAAGAGAAUUAUCUCACCACAGCUUCUAGUUAUAACAGAAAUGAAAGCCAAGAAUCUUUAAUUACAUCCGCAAGCAAACCCAAGAGUCCUGGAGUGGAAAAAUCAUUAGUAAAGCCCAUUGCAGAAGCAGGUCCACAGGAGACCACUUUGAAAGAACCUCCAGCAACUCUUGUUGAUCAGAACCCCGAAAGCCUCAAGAGGAAAUCUUCUCUCACCCAGGUAGAGGCCCCUGUGAGCUGGGAGAAGAGGCCACGAGUUAUUGAGAAUUGCCAGUACCAGCAGCCAUUUCAGAUCUCACCACAGCCCUUUCUCAAUAGAGGGGAGAGGGCCCAGGUGCGAAGAGUACCACCUCUCAAGAUCCCGGUCUCCAGAAUCUCCCCCAUGCCAUUUCAUCCAUCGCAGGUCUCUCCCAGGGCUUGUUUUCCAGUCUCCAUCACUAGUCCUAACAGAACAGGAGCCAGAACCCUUGCAGACAUCAAAGCAAAAGCCCAGCUGGUCAAAGCACAGAGGGCAGCAGCUGCAGCCGCCGCCGCAGCUGCUGCAGCCGCUUCAGUUAGAGGGACCAUUCCAGGACCUGGCCCAGGGGGUGGACAAAGUCCAGGAGAGGAGGGUGGUGAAGGGAAAACUGCUAGAGGAGGCAGGCCAGGCUCAGACAGAGUCAGUGGAACUGGAAAAGGCUCCACACUGGAACUGGCAGGAACUGGAAGCAGGGGAGGUACGAGAGAGCUUUUACCCUGUGGUCCAGAAACUAAGCCCCAGUCUGAGACCAAGGCCACCCCAGACCAGGCACAGCCUCAUAGUGUCUCUGGAGCACAACUACAGCAAACCCCCUCAGUGCCUCCAACAGCUGCCAUCAGUGGAUCAUGCGCAAAUGUCCCAUCACCAGCCCACAUAGAAAAACUGGAUAAUGAGAAACUCAACCCCACCAGGGCAACAGCCACAGUGGCCUCUCUGAGCCACCCACAAGGGCCCAGUAGUUGCAAACAGGAAAAAGCAUCUUCUCCAACUCCAACAGGUCCUGCUCUAAUCUUAGGUGCCUCACCUAUUCAUUUUGCAGCUGAUGACAAAGUGGAGCCCAAAGCCGGUUCCAAUAAGAAUACACCAAACUCUUCAGCCUCAGCAAAGACAGAUGCUAAUGCUCCAGUGGCUAUGACUCCUUCCCCUUUAACAUCUUUAUUGACAACAGCCACUUUAGAAAAACUUUCUGUACCCCAAGUUAGCGUAACUACAGCACCUACUGGAUCAGCUCCACCCUUGAGCUCUUUGCCAGCAGCUUCUAGCCUUAAAACCCCAGGAACUCCUUCAAAUAUGAAUGGACCCAUUUCAAGACCAAGCUCUAGUAUCCCUGCUAAUAAUCCUUUAGUCACUCAGCUGCUCCAGGGCAAAGAUGUUCCCAUGGAGCAAAUUCUGCCUAAACCUCUCACCAAAGUUGAAAUGAAAACUGUUCCACUGACUACAAAAGAGGAAAGAGGGAUGGGAGCACUUGUUGGUACCAACACAACAGAACAUAGCACCAGAGAAGAAGUUAGUGAGCGACAGGCCCGACCAGCUAUGCAACAGCUGGGUAAAACCUUACAAAGUAAGCCCCUCCCAUUUCCAAGGCCCCUUCAGCUCUUCUCACCCAAAGAGCUGAGGGACUCCAGCAUUGACACACACCAGUACCAAGAAGGACUAAGUAAAGCAACCGAAGAUCAGAUCCUUCAGACUCUCAUCCAAAAGGUUCGAAGGCAGAAUCUUCUCUCAAUUGUACCACCCUCCCAGUUCAACUUCGCUCACUCAGGUUUCCAGGUGGAAGACAUCUCCACAAGCCAGAGGUUCAUGCUGGGUUUUGCUGGCAGAAGGACAUCUAAGCCUGCAAUGGCAGGUCACUACUUACUUAAUAUUUCCACCUAUGGCCGUGGUUCAGAGAGCUUUAGGAGGACCCAUUCUAUAAACCCUGAAGACCGUUUUUGUCUAAGUAGUCCCACUGAAGCCUUGAAAAUGGGAUAUACAGACUGUAAAAAUGCAACAGGAGAUAGUAGCAGUGGCAAAGAAGAUGAUACUGAUGAGGAAAGUACUGGUGAUGAACAAGACUCUAUCAUGGUGAAGGAGGAGCCUCAGGUUGCCCAGAGUUCUGGAAAAUGUGACACAACUUCAGGACCCCCCAGUAGGGAAACCCUAUCCACCGGUGAUUGCUUAGCUAACAGGAAUGUGAAGGCUGAGACACCAGUGAUUGAGCAAGCCACAUUAAGCAAGGAGAAUUACCUGUUCACUAGAGGCCAAACAUUUGAUGAAAAGACCCUAGCCAGAGAUUUAAUUCAGGCAGCACAGAAGCAAAUGGCUCAUGCAGUGAGAGCACACACACAGCUAAGAGAUAAGAAGGCUGCAAGAACCCAGGGAUAAAGAGUAAGUUCUCAAGCCAAGAACCAGUAGGAAACAGAUUAUGAUUGUGCUCCCAAACAAUUAGUACCCUGGGCAUUUUGGGGGGUGAGGUUAGAAAGACUUACGGGUGAAACUCCAUGCCCUGCCACUCCACUCCCCACUUUAGGGUUGAGGGCUGUCUGCAUGCUGGAAGAGGUUGAUGUUUCAGAAUUGAAUUCAUGCUAAAGUCAGUUACCAAUUUUGAUUGACAAAGUGAUUUUUAUGCUGCACUCCUUUCAUGUCAGAAAGGCUUUUCUCCAUGGUUCCCUCAAUCUGCAGAUAGACUGUAACCAGGAAGGGAGGAAAGGUGUCAGGGAUUUUCAAAGGUGUACGUUUAGAAAGCAAACCAUAUUGUGCCUCUUCAUCUUGCCCCAGGCUCUUACAGAUAGGUCCUAAGCAUUACUAUUCACCAGAUUCUCUUCAUAAAUAAUACUGAGCUAAAUUUUUGCAUUUAGGAAUAGUCAUAUAACAAAUUACCAAUUAGGUAUACUGCCUCGAUCUUAACCAGAUGAGAGAACAGUUUUAAAUUGUUCUUAGAUUGGUAGUAAAUUGAACACCAGUCUAUUUUUUCAGUUUUUUCAAAACAAUCGUUUCAAGCAGAAAGCCAUUCAUUUUAUAAGCUGGACAGAAAACAAAUUAUAUGAUAAUCUAGCCUUCUAGAAAAUGAAGCAGUUAGGAACAAGAAAACCUUUAAAUAAUUAUAAUAUGGUACUCCAACAGCACCUUUAAAGCAAUUUUUUAACUUAGCUUUUGAGUUGUUCCAUCUGAAAUGUUAUUAUUAAGUGCUAAGCUUAUUCUUAGGGUAUUACCUGACAUUAUUUCCAGUGACCAGUCAGACGUCAUUCCUGAUGCACAUGCCUCCAGUGUGCCCUUGUCUAGCCGUCAGAUGACCCACCUUCUACUGCAGGUCACCUCAGGAGAUAGCAUUAACUAUAUAUCAUCUCAGUCUUAUAAAUAUUCCAAGUUGUCUAGUAGAGAAGACUCUGAAUCUCAAAGAAUUUUCUUUAGUUAAAAUUCUUCAUUCUGUUAAACAGAAAAUAAAGCCAAACAACCUGGAGUUGUUUGCUCUACUUCUGUUCCCUUAAAUCCUAUGCUCAAGUUACUGGAGCUAUCUGUGGUAUUCCGUGUAACAUUUGUAAGAAUAAGUACAGGUCAAUGGGAAAUUAUUCUUGGCAUGGGGGAGGAAGCAUAUUUAAAUGGAUUGUGAAAGCACACAGCUGUAUGAGGUUUAGAUUUUUUAUCUCAGAUAUAAAUAGUCAAAGGAAGACCUCAUUGCCUUCCAGGUGAAGGUACAAAGUUAUACAUAUUAAUGACCUGACAGUUAACAUUCUGUUGCUUAUUAAUUGCCUUUCUGUACCUUAGCCCUAAAGAGCUUUCAGGUAAAAUGAUUUGUUAUAAUGAGGGAGGUCUUCUCUUUUCAUUACAUUGCUAUUUAUUUCUAGAACUCACUGUAAAUGAGCAGCGCUAGGGUGGUUUUCUCUUUGACACAAAGGUUUCACGGCAUAGCAAGGAGGGAAAAGUCUCCCCAUUGCAUUACAACAGUAUACAAAGUAAAAAACUUGGCAAAGGGUAGUUUUCAGCUCAGUUUAUAGAAUAGUCCAAAGAGACUUUGAGAAACAUGAUGAUAGGCAGGGACCUUUCCUACCAUGUUUCAGUACCUACAUACCUAUUGAAAGAAAACAGUAGGUAAAACAUUUCCUAAAGUUGAAGCAAUAGCUUCAUAGAUUCUUGGUUACUUUAUUUUUUUUAAUGCUUUACAUUUGAUACAACUAUUAAAGAUCAAUUUUAAAAAUAGCUUUCCAGUAAUAUAUUUUAAGUAAUAUAUAUUUUAAUAUCUAUGUAAAAAGUGACAGUGGAAGACUUUGAAUCUCUCAUAUAUGGUAUGUUUAAUGUAGGACCUCACUGUUAAGGCACAAAUUAUUUCAAAGGAAGUUACUCUAAAGACACUCAGAUUAUUUCAAAAAGAAAAAUGCAAUAAGGGGAAUAGUUUGGGGGGUUAUUUUUUAUUUUAAAAGAAAAUUGACUUAUUUACCACAAGCUAUUUUUUCCCUUCUGGCUAUAAGGUUUGUACAGACUGGUUUGGUAAUUGCUAAACUUUUGUGUCUUUUGCCUUUUUAAAGGAAUUGUUAACAUUGGAAUUGAGGGUAUGUACAGAGAAGUUGGUGACAACACCAUUUAAAAAGUCAUAUUUUUUCACAAAUAGAGAAAAAAAUCAUUUUACAUAAGAAUUUUAAGUAUUUGCAAUAAAUAUAUGUAUAUAGAUUGUAUGUAUUCCUUCCUAUAUUCUUAUUUUUCAUUUUAUUAUUAAGUAAACGAUCAUUAAAAGUGAAAAUAAAAAAAAAAAAA